UUAAAAUGGAAGUGGGCAACCAAUCUGUUGUAGUGGGAUUUGUCUUGCUGGGGCUGUCAGAUCAGCCAAAGCUUGAGAAAACGUUUUUUGUGUUCAUCCUGUUGAUGUACAUGGUGAUCCUGCUGGGCAAUGGGGUCCUCAUCCUGGUGACCAUCCUUGACUCCCGCCUGCACACGCCCAUGUACUUCUUCCUGGGGAACCUCUCCUUCCUAGACAUCUGCUACACAACCUCAUCCAUCCCCCUCGUCUUGGAUGGCUUCCUCACUCCCAGGAAAACCAUCUCCUUCUCAGGCUGUGCCAUGCAGAUGUUCCUCUCCUUUGCCAUGGGAGCCACAGAGUGUGUGCUUCUGGGCAUGAUGGCAUUUGAUCGCUAUGUGGCCAUCUGUAACCCCCUUAGGUACCCUGUGGUCAUGAGCAAGGCUGUCUAUGUGCCCAUGGCUAUCAGCUCCUGGGUGGCUGGUGGAGCCAACUCCUUGGUGCAGAUCUCUCUUGCAGUACAAUUACCCUUCUGUGGGGACAAUGUCAUCAACCACUUCACCUGUGAGAUCCUGGCUGUCCUGAAGUUGGCCUGUGCUGACAUCUUCAUCAAUGUGAUCAGUAUGGGGGUGGCCAAUGUGAUCUUCCUGGGGGUCCCAGUUCUGUUUAUCUCCGUCUCUUAUGUCUUCAUCAUUGCUACCAUCCUGAGGAUCCCUUCAGCUGAGGGGAGGAAAAAGGCCUUUUCUACCUGCUCUGCCCACCUCACUGUGGUGGUCAUCUUCUAUGGAACCAUUCUUUUCAUGUACGCAAAGCCCAAAUCCAAGGACCCCCUGGGGGCAGAUAAGCAGGACCUUUCAGACAAGCUUAUAUCCCUCUUCUAUGGAGUGCUGACUCCCAUGCUCAACCCCAUCAUCUACAGUCUCAGAAACAAGCAUGUGAAGGUCGCUGUGAAGACUCUGGUGAGUCAGAAAUGCUUUGCCUAGUGAGAGUAGGGGGAAGCAGCAUACCUUGUGGCUCUGUGCACACA